GCCCGUCCUAGCGGGGGUCGCCCUGCUCUUGCUCCCGCUCCCGGGCCGGCUCCGCGCCCGCCCUCGGAGAAGCCGCGCUCACCGCAGGGGCGGGCCCCCGCCUGUGCUCGCGGCGCCGGCAGAAGACUCAUCUUUGAAAAUAUGUAUUUGGGAGAUAGUCACGUUCUAUUGAGUACCUUGUGCUGGUGCUGCCAUAGAAAAAUCUGGUUACACUCCGGGGAGGUCUGCUGUGGCUGCAGGACUGAUCCGCCUCGGCCCUGAGAUGAGUGUCCGGCCUGAGCGGGCACACCAUGAAUAGAUACACAACCAUCAAGCAACUCGGGGAUGGAACCUAUGGUUCCGUCCUGCUGGGAAGAAGCAUCGAGUCUGGGGAACUGAUUGCUAUUAAAAA